GGCUGACGCUGCCUGGCGCUGGAACCAGGAAGGCGGUGAGCUUAAACUGAAGCAAGUUCGGAGGACGCCGGGGCGCCCACAUUUGAAGAAACGUUUCCAGGUUUGCGGAGCUUGCAAGUCAACGGGAGGUGUGAUCCCGAAGGCCAGGAGCCAGCUUGUAGAAAUGGGACGCCGGUCAUCAGAUACCGAAGAAGAAAGCAGAAGCAAGAGAAAAAAGAAACACCGUAGACGGUCAUCUUCAAGUAGUUCUUCAGAUAGUAGAACCUAUAGCCGAAAGAAAAGUGGAAGGAAAUCAAGGUCAAAGUCAAGAUCUUGGUCCAGAGAUCUUCAACUUCGAUCACAUUCUUAUGAUAGAAGACGCAGGCAUCGAUCAAGCAGUAGCUCUUCUUAUGGCUCUAGAAGAAAACGAAGUCGAAGUCGUUCAAGGGGUCGAGGGAAAUCCUAUAGAGUUCAGAGGUCUAGGUCAAAAAGCAGAACAAGAAGGUCUCGGUCAAGACCUCGUCCACGUUCCCAUAGUCGAAGCAGUGAAAGGUCCAGUCACAGAAGAACCCGUAGUCGAUCUCGGGAUAGAGAACGACGUAAAGGCAGAGAUAAGGAGAAAAGAGAAAAGGAGAAGGAUAAAGGCAAGGACAAGGAAUUACACAACAUCAAACGUGGGGAAUCUGGAAACAUCAAAGCUGGAUUAGAACAUCUGCCACCAGCUGAACAGGCCAAAGCUAGACUACAGAUGGUUCUUGAAGCUGCUGCAAAAGCUGAUGAAGCAUUGAAAGCCAAAGAAAGAAAUGAAGAAGAAGCAAAGAGAAGAAAGGAAGAAGACCAAACCACCCUGGUAGAACAAGUAAAAAGAGUAAAAGAAAUUGAAGCCAUUGAAAGUGAUUCUUUUGUUCAGCAGACAUUCAGAUCAAGUAAAGAAGUCAAAAAGUCAGUGGAACCUAGUGGAACCAGUGCAGCUGCAGCAUCAGGACCAGCGUCAGUAGUUGCUGAUCCCCCCAGUAAUGAAAAAGAAGUAGACCCUGGCAGCAUCCCCACUGCUAUCAAGUACCAAGAUGACAAUUCCCUGGCUCAUCCAAAUUUAUUUAUUGAGAAAGCUGACGCUGAGGAAAAGUGGUUCAAGAGAUUAAUUGCUCUUCGACAAGAAAGGCUCAUGGGCAGCCCUGUGGCCUAAAUAAUACAUAUGGUUGAAUUAACAGUAAUAUUGUAAAUUUAGGUUUUUCUAUCCCAAAUUAACUUUUUAUUCUUAAAAAGAAUUGACCUGAUUAUAUAAAAAGGUAAUCUCAUUUCAUUCGUUUCUCAUGUAUGCUUGAAUAUUUGUUGAUUUGAACUUAAACAUCGUGAUUAUUAAAACUAGUGUGAAAUUUAAGAAUGCAUGAAAAUGUCAUACUGUUAAUAAAGCUAAUCCUAAAAAGAUCAGUGUUAAAAUAAAUGGCACACAGUAGUGUUUCUGAGUACAAUUUUAAAAAUAUCAAGUUGUCAUUUAAAAACACAAUUUUGAUUAAUCUUGCAUAUAUAAGAGUUAAACUAUAUGCUAUAAAUUGAGAUUUCAUCUUCCAUGUAUUAUGAAACCAUUUUUGAAUCUUUUAUCUCACCUGACUAUAAAAUUACAGACACAGUAAAAAGCACUCUCAACAAUCUAAGCAGAUUAAGCGUGUUAAUAUUAAAAGAAUAAUAUAUUUAUUGAAAAAAUUUCUUAAAAAUUAAAUAAUUGAUGUUGUAUUGCUUAGAGAUUAGCUUUUACUAAGUGCUCCUUUGAAGCAUGUUAGCAGAUCCCAGCUCAUUCUUUAAGAAAUCACAUGUUCAUGCUAGACCUAACCAGUUGGCAAAAUACCCAUGAUGAAGAAAUCAUUUCUGAGAAAACUGGUAAGAGCUCUCAGUUCAGUCUUACUUACUCAACUGCUGUUCCCUGCAGAGGAAGCCAGCUACUGUAUUUUGCCGUGUACAAUGCACACUUUUUUGCCCAAAUUUGUGAGGGAAAAAUAAGGAUGCACAUUAUA